AACCAGGGACAUGUUCCAGGAUCAUAACUGGGACAACCCAUCAUCCUCCUUCCCUGGGCAGGGGAUCCCCAAAGAGCUGAGGCAGAAGUGUAGGCUUCCCUUGGAGCUAAGGGGGAGUCUGGAAGCCAGAAGGCAAACACAGAACGUCACGGGUGGCCAUAGGGCCUGCAAAGCUUAUAUAAAACCCCCAAGGCAGUUGGGACACUAUUGGGAACACCUGUAACCCACAGCAGAGCUAGCAUGGGGUAUGCAAACUUGGAGCCCUACCUGAAAUUCUGCAAUUCCCAUACACUAGAACAUCUGUGUUCUACUAGUUCCAGCCUGUAAAGGUGGCUGUCUGCAGAGAAUCUACAAGGAGAGAUGUGUAAUAAAAUCAAGCCACAACUUAGAAGGGCAUCUGUAACUGCACUGUGACAGAGAGUAGCAUCGAGGAUUCUUUUUUUUUUUUUUUUUUUUACUUGGUGAAUCCUGCAUCAAAUAUGCUUAGUCUGACAUUUUUCCCCCUGGAGCUCAGGCAAGCUUACACUGUGCUUUGAUAAUGAGGCAGCGUUCAUUUAUUAUCAAUAGUAAUAAAGGUACCGAAAGAUAAAUUAUGCCCCCCGUGACACCCUAGCAAUCAAACUGCCGUAACUGAUUGAAGAUAACUAUAUUAUUAAUGAUGUGUAGGAAAGGACAAAAUCUACUUUUCUCUUUUGCUCGUUGUCUGUCUUUACGACUGACAAGAAUAGACGACAAGAAAGAUUUAUUGUCAGCACUCAACCAGUGUGCUUCUGAAUAAACAGAGCAGAUCUUUCUAAUGGAAAGCACUCUGUUUGUGUGGUCACUUUUCAGAGUAAAACUGCACUUUAGGUUUAUUCCAAAUAACGAUGCUAGUGUGUGUUGGUGCACUUUGUGUAAUUCUAGAAAACUGCAUAUUCAAUAGGAUGUUUUAAAAAGCUUUGGUUAUAUUUCAUUGGGUUUUAAUGUAGUUAUAUAUGAUGAAGCUUUCAAUAAACUAAGUUACAUGUAAUAUGCUAAUCCUGUAAUUAAGCAAAUCUGGUGUCUGAUGACUGCAUGAUUUUUAAAUAGGUAGCAUGAUACCAGUACAAUUUUGUCUAUACAAACUAGAACACUGUUCAAAAAUUACACUGACUGCUGAAUAUGGAUCUCUUGUUUUACUAGUGGGAUCCAGAAACCUGCCUGUCACAACACUAGAAGUAACUGCACACUGAUGAUCUACUGUUCCAAUCAGUUGUAAAUAUCAGCUUCAGAGCCAGUGAUGUGGCAUAUUCAAAACUGUUAGACAGUCUGGCAAUGCCUGUGGAUUUCAGUGGAACCUGGAACCUUAUCAGCAAUGACAACUUUGAAGGUUAUAUGGUGGCCUUAGGUAUUGACUUUGCAACACGCAAGAUAGCAAAAAUGCUGAAGCCUCAGAAAGUCAUCAAACAAGAUGGUGAUUCAUUUUAUAUCCAUACCACUAGCACAUUCAGAGAUUAUUUGCUUCAAUUCAAAAUUGGAGAAGAGUUUGAAGAAGAUAAUAAAGGCCUGGAUAACAGAAAAUGCAAGAGUGUAGUUACUUGGGAAAAUGAUAAACUUGUCUGUGUGCAGACUGGUGAGAAGAAGAACAGAGGCUGGACUCACUGGCUUGAAGGAGAUGACCUCCAUCUGGUAUUUACUUCAGAUUUCUACCAAUUCUGUCCCUAUAUGACAAAAAUAAGAUCUACAGUGUAGUCAUGGUGUGCACAAGUCUGUCGUAUUUACAAUGGGUGGUACGUAGUGAGUGUAUGCUGCUUUGAUUUUAGUUUAGCUCGAACAACACUGUUUCACUGUCUUGUAUGGUUAAAUUCAGAAUGUUAAGCAUAACCUAUUAGCAUGGCAGCAGAAUUCUGGUAAGUAGUCAUGGCAAAGGAUUUAUGUUCACUUUUAGAAGCAGUUCUUUUGAUUACUUUAUACAUAUAUACUUUUGUGGUUUUUGGUAGGAGCUUCGUUGUGAGAAUCAAGUAUGUAAACAGGUCUUCAAGAGAGCUUGAAUAUGUGUACUGGUUCCUACAUGGAGAGACAGCUAUAUACGGGAGACGAUGAAUCCUCAUGUCCAGUGAUGGCCGUGUGGACAAUAACUGAGUCCUUGUACUUAUUAACCUAAAUGGUCUGAUGUUGCCAAUGUUAAAGAUCUGAUUUUUGCUAAUAAAUGCCCAAAACCAAA